GGUCUUGCUCAAGUAGGCAAUUCUGGGCUUUUAUAUGGAUGUCUUCUAGACGCCGUGACAGCUUGAUUGAAGUAGGUUUGUUAUGAUAGCACUUAUAGGACGUUGCUCUUUUUUGAGAGUAUGUUAUCUUGUCCAGUUGCUCUACUGGUAUGUGCGAUUCGCAAUUGAGCUCUAUUAUGAUGCUACAACUGCGGAAUCUAGCUGUUUCUGUGGUUGGCGAUUGCCUUCCAAGCCUAGUUUAUGAUAUGUGCUUAUGAUGUGCCUUUGUAGUAUGUGCUUGCUCGUUUGCAGCUUUUAUUUAUAUGAGAGUAUGUUUAUGAGAGCGUAUUUAUGAGAAGGGUUGAUGAGACGUUCCUCUGCUCUUUAUGUGACCGACGACAAAUGCCGGGUCAAUGAUCCUCCUGUUUCCUGCUGACGGGUGGAUUUGGGAUGACAGAUUAGCAAGUGCAGUAUAAGGGGAUCAAUCGCAUGUAUCUUGGGACGAUCGAGUCAUGCUUGAUCUACUCUUUUCUAAGUGAUGAUCAAUAGGUGGUGGCUGCUGUGUGACUGAGGUGUUGUGAUACAAUGAUGAUGUGAGUUGAGACGGAGGAGAAUGUGCGGAUGGAUGGAUGCUG